AUGGGAGAAUCGUUAGCCAAAUCAAUUCUUGAGGUACCACUCGAUGUCCCACUCGGCCUUAUUCUAAAAAAUAAUUCGGAGAAACUACAAGAGAUAGCGAUAAACACAAACACAUCUGUGAACUUUACCAGGACUAACUAUAAUCCACGAGUAGAAAUUUUGCCGAGACGAAGAGAACCUGCAACUACGAGAAGAGAUAUGGAAGAUGCGCGAAUCCAAGUAGAAUGUCUCUUUGCAAAUAAUAUGCGAACUGUGCCACAUCUCAAAAUUCCAAUCAAUAUUUAUCGUUCGCAUGCAACUUUUGUCGAGGAUUUGUUAUCACCAACGUUGCGAAAAAUCAGUGACAAACAUAAGGUCGACGCGUUACCGAGAAUUUAUAAAAAUGAGGCGUACGUGGUUUUCCUCAAGAAUAGAAAAGAUCCGAGGAGUGUAAUCGAUAAGCCGAAAAGAGAAGUCGAACGAUUUCUGGCGAGGUUUAGUUAUCCUGAGCCAAGAAUACAUAUACCAGAAUCUAUAGAAUUACCCAUUCCUUUUGAUCAAGAUAUUCUAACCCUUAAUCUUAACGAAUUUAAGGAUAAGUUUCAAAAGGAAAUUCGUGAUAUCGAAAAUGAGACAAAUACAAUUAUUGAAUACGACUAUGAGAAAUCGAAUAUUCUGAUUAAAGCAGUUGAGUUCUCUAGCAAUGUACGAGCCAAGAGGUUCGAAGCGUAUCAAUUAAUGAAGGAAUUGAUAUCAAAGAUCAAUAAAUCCAAAUCGAAAAAUCAAGAUGCAUCUUACGAAGAAUCUGAAAUUGUGCAGAACCCAAAACGAACCGACUCUUUCGAUAGCGACGUGUCAUCGGGUUCUGAAGUUAAAGAAAAUUCUCAUAAUUUAGAUGCAUCUUUUGAUGAGAUUAAAUUGGAGUUCGAUUUCAAAUAUUCAAAAAAAGUUUCCAACAAUUCAGAAUCAGAUAUGCUUUACACUCAAUCACCUCAAUCACCUCAUGAUGAGUUUCUUACGAAAUGGCGUUGGUUUAGGGGUGAAUGGCUGCAUAGUGGAUAUUAUAAGCAAUUUGAGUCUCUUUUUGGGAGUAAAUAG